CUAGACUCCGCUCACUGAUGCCAAGACGCGUGCUGCUGCUUCGUAUGCUGUCAAGAAAUAUCUCCUUGAUGCCACAAAGCGGGAACCUUCUCGCUUGGUCUGCAGGCUGGGCAAACCGCUGGACGUUCCCAGGCAAUGACAAGACCUCCACCGCCAUUACAACACUCAGACCAAGACUGUCAGCGAGCAGAUCGUCGAGAACACAAAGCAUGACAUGUUUUGUCCAAUAAGACCUGCCAAACGGAGUCCUGUGCGUAGGCUCCGUGCUAACCUACCACUUUAGGGCAUCUCUCUCGACACCAAUAGCAACGUUGGUGGUCUUGACUAUUUCAGGACGUGAGGCUGCUGCUAGGAGUGUUUUCUAGUGUAGUGGUUGUUGUGUUCAUGUCUUCAAUGUAUAUACUUAACGUUAAUCCGAGGAGACAUCACCUCUCCCACCUGCCCUAGC